UUCGGUCGCAUGGUAAAACCCAACUAGCAAACGAUUUCAUACAGCCAACAUCGACUUCUUGUCUCCCAUCUUCGUAUUUGCAAGCUCAACCUAGAUAGCGUUCCUGCUGACAGGAAUGAUGCCCUCACCAAGCUAUUAACAAAUGCCAAUAAAUAUCCAAUGGCAAGAUGGCCGAGCGGUCCAAGGCGACAGGUUAAGGUGUACCUUAACAGCAACUUUACAAGUUCCUGUUCUUCAUUUGAAGGCGUGGGUUCGAAUCCCACUCUUGUCAAUUCUUUUUGCUCAAUUUCAGCACCUCUCGAUGAGGCCCGCUAAGUUUUGUUUUUACAUCCGCUGUAUUCCCACAUCUCUUUUUUGCUCCUCUGUGACCAGCACAAUUGGCUGGUUGUUUCGAAACCUAUCAUGCAUGUACCACGUACAUGCAUAUCCCGAAUGCCCAUAUUUCAUCAGCUCCGCACGUGUAAUUUCCAACUAGUCAUAAAAAUAAUAUAACGCCCAGUGUCUUCCAAAAAAAC